UGCAAUUAAAUGGAAAGACCUUAACAGGAAUACUGACCAGACCUUUCCAACUGCAAAAAUGUGUGAUUUCCAGAAUCAGAAAGCAGAAGGAAGUAUCGCUCUAUCGGGGAGAAUCGACACUUACGUGUCCAUUUAAGGCCAAGGAAAAUACCCAAAGUUCAGAAACGACACCAGAUGUCAACCAGCAGAAAACAACAACAGACACUCAGGCUCACAUCAGUUAAACCACUGGAAAGCAUCCCAGGACCGAAGGGGCUACCCAUUGUAGGAACACUCUUUGAUUACAUGAAGAAAGAUGGACUUCGAUUCACCAAAAUGUUUGAGGCAUACAGAAAAAGGGCGCUGCAGUUUGGUCCAAUUUACAGGGAGGUUAUAGCUGGUCAGUCGACAGUCGUUGUGAGUGAUCCUACAGAAUAUAAUAAAAUCAUUAGGAGUGAGGGCAGAUACCCGAAGAGGAUGGUCAUGGAACCUUGGUUUUACUACCGCGACCAGCGAAAGAGGGGACAGGGACUUGUUAAUUCAAAUGGUGAAGAAUGGUACAAACUUCGUUCUGCUUCUGCCAAGAAAAUGCUGAAGAUAAAAGAGGUCCUAGAUUUCUGUACAGAUAUGGAUGAAGUAGCCACUGAUCUCACACAUCGACUGGCCAGUCUCAGAAAUGAACAAAACGAGGUCAUAGGCAUCGAGAAUGAGAUCUUUAAAUGGGCCAUGGAAUCAAUGGGUGCGUUCUUAUUCAACUCAAGAAUCGGUCUACUUAGCCCAAAUCCUCCACAACAAUCCAGGGACUAUAUAGAAAAUCUACAGGGUUUUUUUAGGCUGAUGCAGCCAUUAACUUAUAACUUUCCACUCUACAAGGUUAUCCCAACCAAGGAAUGGAAACAAUUUCAAACAUACGCCGACAAUGUGUUUAGGAUUGGUCGAUCUUUUGUAGACAAGAUAACAAGCAAGAUCCAAGGCAAACCACAACGAGGAGUGAAAUCUUCCUUUGUUCAUCAUAUAAGGAGUCAGGAAUCGCUCACUGAAAACGAGGCUCUCUCUACAGUUGUUGACCUACUUGUUGGUGCAACAGAAACGACGUCCAAUGCCUGUCUGUGGGUAAUAUAUUGCUUGGCAAGACACCCGGAUGUUCAACAGAAAUUAUACGAGGAGACAAAAAAAGUUUUACCUGAUGACGAAACAAUCACUCCUGAUAAGCUGAUUCAACUUCAGUAUGUCAAAGCAGUACUCAAAGAGACUUUAAGGUUGUAUCCAAUUACCUUCGCCACCAGUAGAUUCAUUGAGAAGGACACCGAGAUAGCAGGAUAUAACCUCCCAGCUGGGACCCACGUUCAGUGCAACCUUUAUGGAAUAUACCGGGACAGCAAGUUCUUUCCCGAUCCCGAGCUAUUCAAACCAGAGCGAUGGCUAAAGGAAACACAGAUGAAAAAAGAAGUGAAGGCUCUUUCAAAUCUGGUCUGGGGUCAUGGGGCACGCAUGUGUAUAGGUCGUCGUUUGGCAGAGCAAGAAAUACACAUAUUGAUGACUAAGAUUAUACAGAACUUUCGUCUAGAGUACAAUCAUGAGCCUGUUAGGGCCAUUGUAAGGACAGUUAUGACCCCUGAUCGUCCUCUACGUAUUUCUUUCAUCCCAAGGAACAAACAAACAGCUGACAAUUCAGAACUUUACUUGACAAAUACCUUAUCUUCUACAAAUUCUGCUACCGUAGCCGCCUAG